AUGGUCGACUAUGAUGAUAACGACGACGACGACGAUGACAACCAAGGUGUGCGACUAGGUCCGCCGUUCGAUCCAAGCCGGUUCAGUGACGCCAACAUGCGGGCUCUGCGCCCUGACUAUAAUUCUAGCGUGCGCCUCAAAGGAUAUCAUGGCGUCGACGACGAUGAGUUUUACGGGGAGGAUUCCUCGAGUGAUGACGAUGACGAAGACGAGCAUGGCCUUGUUGGCGGCGAUGCUAAUAGUACAAUGGCUUAUGCUAUGCAGCUGGCUCGCCGGGAUAAGCAGGCGAGGCUUGUCGAACGGGCUCUAGCGAAAAUACGUCGAGCGCAAAUACAAGGGCUAUCAAAGGUCAAGCUUUCGCAGCGGGAACUUGAUGCUUUGGAGAAGAGGAGGCAGCAGGAUGCCCCGGUCGAUGGUUCGAAACCCAAAGAAAGCAAUGGGCAGCCUGCAAUUGAUAGCAAGCCUGUAGUUUCGGACAAACGAAUACCGGGCGGGUACGCUUCUUCCACGGGGUCUCCCAGACGCCACUCACCGACCCCUGGCAAACCCUCGAGCCCUUCCUCACAGAAGUCCCGUUCGCGAGUGCCCUCAAUAAAGCCAACCAGGAUGUCGCAGCGCCCGGACACAUCGCCCCGCAACAAGCCUCAACAGAUCUAUCCACAUGCCCUUCCAUAUUCCGUCCCGGAAGACCAGACUGCUCGGCCAGGUUCCUCUCCGUAUCAACCAAACAAGCGCCCCGGAUCCGGUUCGAGCAGCCAUUCAGCAUACCCAACGCACUACCACCACCCGCCAUACUAUACGUAUCCAAUGCCUGCUGCUGAUCCACGCUACGCCUAUUCUACACACCCGCCCCGAAACGCCCCACCACCACCAGCUAUGGACGCGACAUACCAGCCCGUCUACCGCGCCAUGUCCGGCGACUCGUACAUGAUAAACCACUCAUCCUCCGACCCUUUCGUUGUACAGCAUGCCUCGCGCCUGUGCGAGUCCCCGCGGUCCAUGCGCAGGAGCAGCGGGAGCAGCAGCAGCGGCGACAACGGUGUGCACAUCGCGGUUGAGAACCCUAGUGUGCCAGCGGGGUACGCAGCGAAAGGGACGAGUGGUGAUGGUUCUAGCGGUGCUGGUGGCAUCCACGGGCGUAUACGCCGUCGAAAGCGUCGUCAUUAGUUAAUUAAAACCGGCGCCUUAUCACUUGCCUUGCCUGGCCUGGCUCGUUCCCUCGUCAUCGUCAUUGUUUGUGAAUUGUAAUCAAAUCUAUCGCUAUCAUCAUUACUGUCGUUUGUCUUUCGUCAUAGAUAUUCUACCCAGUUUCACCUAUAUACAAAGGAUAAACAAAAGAGGAUAGACUCUCUUUCUUCCGAGCGGCGUCUCGGUUCCAAUCACCCCCCAUUUUUUUUUCUUUUCCUUUUCUUUUUCUUUUCGCUUUUUUUCUUACUUACUAUUUGCUAUUAAUUAAAUUUUACUUAUAAGAGAUUCUCGAGACAAUUGAAACAGCUUCAUGCCAUG